AUGAAGACACAAUAUUGUCCGCUGUGUAAUCGUGGUGGUCUUUCUGUUAGAAAUGAUACUGUGAAAUUUGAUAAUCUACAUUCAUGCAAGUAUCUAUUAACUCCAGUAACUGCAGAGUCUUUGACAAAUUUACAGAAAAAAUGUCAAACUAUGAAUCAUCCACAGAUAUUUGGAAAUUUAACUUUCAAUCAAAGAUUAAUGCGGAAUAAUAUUUUUUCUACUCCAGUAGUCAUGGAUUGUGAAAAAGCACAGGUGAAAAAAUAUAUAGAAAUGAAAAAACGCCAGAGUGUACGAAAAUAUGAUGAGUUAAAAGUAUUAAACGCAAAAUUGGUACGCAUAGGUACUCCUCCUUUAAUAACAGGAAGAAAACACGAGCCCGUACAAACCGAACUCUUCCUUGAGGAGUUAUUUGAAAAACCAGAUGAGUCGGAAGUUGCACUUCAAACGGAUUACUUUUUAAAUAAGCCCUCAACUCCACUUUACUGUUCUACAAAAAUGGGUCAAGAUGCAAGUACGCAAAUUGAAUCCGGAGACCUUUUUGAUUAUGAUGUAGAAAUUCAGCCAAUUCUCGAAGUUUUAGUUAAUAAAACUAUUGAACAAGCUUUAAUUGAAGUUUUGGAAGAAGAAGAAAUCGCAACAUUGCGAGAACAACAAAGAAAGUUUCUCGAGCUUCGUGCAGUGGAAAAGGCUGAACAGCAGAGGCUUGAAGAGCAGGACAGACGUCUCCGUGAAGAGAAGAAUCGGCGAGUAAAACAAUAUGAAGAGGGGAUAAAAAAGCAACAAGAAACUAAAGAACGUGUAGCUGCUGCUGUGCUUCUCACUGGAUAUAUCGCCGAACUUCUUCCAAUAGUUCUUGAAGGUCUUAAAAUAUCAGGAUUCCUACUUGAUGAAAUAAAAACAGAUGUUCAACAAGAAUUUAUGCCAUGGUUAAUGAAAGAAUUAAAGAAGGAAAUAGGUACUAUGAUCCAAAGCAGAAGUAUACUAGAAGAACUUGUAAAAAAAAUCAUUAAGAAUCGAUUUAAAAUUUAUACACAAUUGGGUGAUGAGUAUGAUGCAUCAAGGAAGCUAAAAGUUAAAAGUCUUGAAAAUAUUUGCAAAGAAGAAGAAUAUUGA